CUUUGCUCAGUCCAACGUGGUCCCUUCACCCGGGCUCCGUUCAAACCUUCUCCACACUUGUUUGAGGAGAAAUUGUACCUUAAAAAAGAAAGGAAGUCAAGAAAGCUGAGACUCAUUUAACCAUGUCAUUGUCUUCAUGGAUUAACAUAACACAGUGGGAAAUUCCCUCCUGCUGGCCCACUCCUGAAGCUAUUGGCCCCGUUUCCUCAGUUUAUUUCAACUUUCUUUAAUGCCAAAGAAAAUCUAAUUAGUGAAGAAUUUGAAGGAAAGAAUUUUAGAGAGAACUCAACCACCUCCAAACCACAUGAUUCUUCUUUAUUUAUGAAGAAUCCAAGAUGAAUUUGGAGCAGGAGAGGCCAUUCAUCUGCAGUGCCCCAGGCUGUUCCCAGCACUUCCCAACAGAGGAUCAUCUGAUGAUUCAUAGGCACAAGCAUGAAAUGACUUUGAAGUUUCCCUCAAUAAAAACAGACAGUAUGUUAUCAGAUCAAACUCCGACCCCAACAAGGUUUCUGAAGAACUGUGAAGAAGUAGGACUGUUCAGUGACCUGGACUGCUCCCUGGAGCAUGAGUUCCGGAAGGUUCAGGAGGAGGAGAGCAGCAAGCGGACUAUCUCAAUGCAUAACACGGUUGGUGGGGCCAUGGCGGGGCCCGGAGCUCACCAGCUUGGCAGCACCCGAAUGCCCAACCAUGACACCAGUGUUGUGAUUCAGCAAGCCAUGCCAUCACCUCAAUCCAGCUCUGUCAUCACACAGGCACCUUCCACCAACCGCCAGAUUGGGCCUGUCCCAGGCUCUCUAUCUUCUCUGCUACAUCUCCAUAACAGACAGAGACAGCCCAUGCCAGCCUCCAUGCCUGGGACCCUGCCCAACCCUACAAUGCCUGGAUCUUCGGCUGUCUUGAUGCCUAUGGAGAGACAAAUGUCAGUGAAUUCCAACCUCCUAGGAAUGCAAGGUCCAAAUCUCAGUAACCCCUGUGCUUCUCCCCAAGUCCAGCCAAUGCAUUCAGAAGCCAAAAUGAGGCUGAAGGCUGCAUUGACUCAUCACCCUGCUGCAAUGUCAAACGGGAAUAUGAACACCAUGGGACACAUGAUGGAAAUGAUGAGUUCCCGGCAGGACCAGACGCCGCACCAUCACAUGCACUCGCACCCACAUCAGCACCAGACGCUGCCAGCCCACCACCCCUAUUCACAUCAGCACCAGCACCCAACACAUCAUCCUCAUCCUCAGUCCCAUCACCAGCAGAACCACCCCCAUCACCACUCCCAUUCCCACCUUCAUGCACACCCAGGGCAUCACCAGACCUCACCACACCCACCCCUGCACUCCAGCAACCAAACACAGCAGGUUUCACCAGCGACACAACAAAUGCAGCCCACUCAGACAAUACAGCCACCACAACCCACAGGGGGCCGUCGGCGGAGGGUGGUGGAUGAGGAUCCUGAUGAGAGGCGGCGGAAAUUUCUGGAACGGAACCGGGCAGCUGCCACUCGCUGCAGACAGAAGAGGAAGGUCUGGGUGAUGUCACUGGAAAAGAAAGCAGAAGAACUCACCCAGACAAACAUGCAACUUCAGAAUGAAGUGUCUAUGUUGAAAAAUGAGGUAGCACAACUGAAACAGUUGUUAUUAACGCAUAAAGACUGUCCAAUAACAGCCAUGCAGAAAGAAUCACAAGGAUACCUAAGUCCAGAGAGUAGCCCUCCUGCUAGUCCUGUUCCUGCUUGCUCUCAGCAGCAAGUCAUCCAGCAUAACACCGUCACUACUUCCUCUUCAGUCAGCGAGGUGGUAGGAAGCUCUACCCUCAGUCAGCUCACCACCCACAGAACAGACCUGAACCCGAUUCUUUAAAAUCCAUGUGUCAGACAUUGCCUUCAAGAAGAGUUGUCGCAAACCAUGCGUCCUUUCUUUUAAGGGCAUUUUUAGAAUUAACCCAGACCUGGAAGACUUCUCAGCCCUUCAAAGACUGGCUUUUGAUUUUAUAGUUAUUAUGAAAAUGUUGUCUUUUAUACUUAGUUAUGAAAGAAAAAAAGGGAGUUAUGCAAUUAAUAUCUAUCAGCUUGAGAAAUGCUUUGGUGCUUUUCUCCAAUUUUCUGGUACCAAUUUCUUGUUUAUAAACUGAACUCUUUCUGUAUAUAGUCAUGGUUCUCAUCUGUCCAGACCUUUAUUUGAAACCUAGAAUCGUAUUAAAGUUGUAACUCUAAGCCAAAAUGAGGCAUGCCUAGAUAUCAAGUAAACAGAUCCAAGGUGACUGGGUGAGAAGUUGGAUGACUUCAUAGCACAUAGUGAGUUUGUGCUGUGACAUCACCAGAAUCCCACAGAAACUCAGAACCUCUUCCAAAACAUUGUUCGACUUAUAAUAGAAGAUUCUAAGAGUCACUGAUGUCCAAAUAAGAUCAUCAAGCAUCUCCCCCAUCUUUCCUCCUUUUGGUCCACUUUAUCAAAUGCUCAAUUUUCCUCUGCAUGUCCACUCAUCUUGGGAUCAUUAUUUAUUCUUCAAUUUAACUGUAUUAUGUUUUAUUUAACCCCCAUUAACAUUGUAUGUCAAUAAGAUAAUAAUGUUUUCUUUUAAAAAAAUAGCAAACUUCAAAAAUGUGGACCUAGUCAUUGCUCCUUUUGCCUGUACUUCAUAGCUAUAAUUCAUUCUAUCUUGCUUUUUGACAAAAUAGUAACCAAGAGAUGUUUAAUAUGCCUGAUUUAAUGUUUUUUAAUAAUCAGUAAAUAAAAUGUGGCUUAGCCUUAGGUAAAGCUCUGGUGAAUGCCAGCUGUAGGGAUGCUAAGGGAAGGGAGCUUUGUAAGCCUCUGUUGUGAAAGUCUAAAUUAUAAUGUGGGGCUCCAACAUCACACCCUGGAAUGACAACUGGUUUUGUAUUGCUUGUCUAUAAUGUUGGAAAUCCAUGCACUAUAUAAUAAUUCAGAAGGACUCUAUUCACUACACAGAUUACAUUGUUCAGUCAUCAGCUGCUAAUAGCCUAAGAUUUAUUAUUGUUUUUUUUUCUUAAGCCUAUGGAACCAACUUGCUGUUCUUGUGGAUGAAAGUAGACUAACUAGAGGAGCAAAGAAAGAAAGAAAACCCUAUGUUUCCAUAGGGCUAUUUUCAGCCCCCAACACCCGUUGUCUUUGAAAAGUUAAAGCACUCUUUGGCUGCUUUAAAAGAAUUAUUGACAUGUGGCUACUCCACUCUUCUGAUUAAUUCUGUUUUCAACGAUUUAUAUGGUCUCACCCACUAUACAAAGUAGAUAGUCCCAAACUACAGAUGUGCCUCCUUGAAACAAGCCAUUCUACUAUGCUAAUAUUGUAAUGUCACAUCUCACAAAUAACAGGGGCUAAUAUUGCUCUCUAGCAGUCUAGACAGGUGCUGGUGUUUCAUCUCCAUUUGAAUGCUUGACCUCCUAAUGUGUGCGUUUGAGUGUGUGUGUGUGUGUGUGUGUGUGUGUGUGUGUGUGUGUGUGUGCGCGCGUUUGAGUGUGUGUGUGUGUGUUUCAUGGAAUUUAAAGAAUUGUAUUUUAAAAAGGUGUAGCUUUUAUAAGAGUUCAGAAAAAGGAAGGAUUUUUUUUUUCUCUCACUAUAGUGUAGGAAUAUUUUGGAGAAAAAGAAAACAUAAGGGUCAUGAAGCAUGAUUUUUAUAACUAAUUUUUCCACAGAGGCAGUGCUUUUCAAAAGUAGGAUUUGAAUGUCCAGUGAAACUCAUGACUUGGAUAUAUGAUCUAAAAGGCAAAAGAAUAAAAAUAAGAGAAAAUAUAAAAAAUACAAAGGAAAAUUAUUUUUUAUUAUAUUUUAGAAAACAUAGUUUUUAAGUAUUUUAAAUACUGAAUUCAUAGUUGUUUUUUUUUUCUUUCUUUAUUGUUUUAAUUCCUUAAAAAAACAGUCAAAUGGUUUAACCUGACUGUCUUUGUAAGAAAUAUUUAAGACUUGGCUAAACAAAAAAAUGUUGACAUUACCUCUAUUUUGAAAUCAAAAAAUAUGUUUUUUUUCAAGACCUCCUUAGGACCAUUUAUGUGUCCCCCUAAAAAAGAAAAAAAGAGCUCAUUAAAAUUUUGACUUUUUUUUUUGCUUUGUUUAAAGUAAACAAAAACUUUUUUUUCCUUUACUGCAUGCAUAGCACUUAAUGAAAUGGAUUUUUUUAAAAAAUCCACUGAUAAUAUCAGAAUGUCCAAGAAGUGGGCUGUCACUAAAAUUGUGGUUUGCUUUACUUCUUCUCCACCUCUUGAUUGAAAUAUUUGGUUGUUAAACUGAAAGCUUCUUCUGCAGUUAAGAACUUGCCUGAGUUUUCCUAAUUCAGCAACUUGACAGUUUGACUGAUGUGUAUUAUAUAUAGCUCAAUUAUGUCUGUUUUUUAUGCUAAGUAGGGGAACCAACCACACACGUUAGCAAAUGGGCCUCAACGUAUAAUUAGAAUAAACUGUCUUAUUAGAAUCAGGGCCUUUAGGUAUGUUCAUUAGCCGUGUGGAAAUACAGUAAGUGAAAGAUGCCAACUAGUUGUCAGCGCUUCUAAAAAAUUUCAGAAUAGAAAGGCUCAUUGAUCAAAUCCAAAACUGAGCUUAUCAAUAUUAAGUGUUUUACUUGAAGACCCAGCCUUCACCAGAUCAUAGUAUGAAUAAUCAAUCUAUCUGAAAAAAUUCCUCCUCUUGCCCUUCACUUUUUGGCCAGUCUGGGAAGACAUCUUUCCACCUCAUUGUCCUCUCUCACUCGGUGACUGGGUCAUCCAUUCUCAUUUUCACCAAUCAUUUGUUAAUCACCUUUAGAGCACCUAUCUUAGGAGGGAGGAGGGAAGAGCCCUACAGCACUGCCUCUCCUCACUUGAAUGUGGCAUUUUUAUCAGCAUGAUUUGACUCUGAAGUCACUGCCAGCCUACCUGGAACUUCCACAGAGCACCUCCCUUGCCCUCUGUGCUGCCAGUCAACAACUCAGAGAGUACACCUGAUAGCUGAUAGCAUUUUCACCAGGUGAACCAUCACUUCAGUUGAGGUGACUACAGCUAAAUCAUUGCUUCUUAAGACUUUUCUUCACAUAGUUUGCCAGGACAGGGAUAGAGAAAGUACUAGCUCUGUGCUCAUCAUGUAACCUGAUGUUUCCCCUUCACACCCUCACUAAUUCACCUACCUCCACGUCAGUGUUUUCAAGUCACAGUGUUACUGUGGCCUGUGGGAGCUGAGCAGUUUGUGUGCUGUCAUGAUAUGUGUUGUAGUAAUUAAGGUGAUUUACUUGGAGCAUUCAUUCUGUGGAGCCUAUUUGGUCCAUGAAAUCAAAUACAGCACAUAUCCUGAGUAGAGGGCUGUCAGGGGUGAAUGUUCAGGUGGUGGUUGCCUGUCAAGUCAAUUUUGUGAUUUUUUUUGAGUUUGUCGUUAAAAUCAUAAACUAAUUGAGGUGAAAAGACCAGCCUUUGACUGGGAGGGGUUUAAGCAUCAGUAACUGCUAUACAACUAGCUAUCCAGUUAGGACAGAAUGUGCUUCUUUCUGGUUAACCAUCUAAGAAUAUAUAUAUGUAUGUGUGUGUGUAUACAGUGGAAUUCAAGGACCAAAGCAAAAUUUGAACAGGAAUCUAUUGAUUUAGAAUUUUAUAAGAUAUUUAUUAAUAAAUGUUAUGUUUUAAACAUUCCAUUUGAACAGUAUUCUUCAUAGGAGCUACUUGUUUUUAAAGUAUUAGUUCAUAGUAAACUACUCCAGUUACGUGUAUUUUUGUUGUUCAGGGUUUCAAAUGGCUAUUCCCUGUCAUGUGGUGGAAAUGUUUGUUUAGGUCUCUGUGAAUCGGAAUUUUAAAGGUCUUUAUUGUUCUGUGAGUUAUUUUACUCUAUGUUCCAUUCAGAGUUUGUUUGUUUAAACAUAUCUUUUAUUUUUAAAGUAAGCUCUUACCUUUUAGGACGCAGAGUUCAGCUAAAGGGAAUCAAUAACAAUAACUGGAAUAACUUUUUGUCCAAGUCUAAAAAAUAACUGCAUCUCUACCCCAUCUCAGUUUCCUAGAAUGCCUUGCACUAAUCAGGCUCCUUCAUGCUCUUUUUGUUCCUUCCUCAACAAUGUGCAGUAGCUUUAAGCCAUCUAUGCUCCAUUAUGCAGUAUAUCUGAGAAGGGAAGGGAAACAACUCUUUUAAAUCUGAAUAAAAUAGUGCCUAUGCGAACAGUAGCAAUUUAGAAUCUCUUUCUGCUUUUAAAGUAAUUUAUAUUUUUAAAUUGCACUUUAGCUUUGUUGAUCCCUUUCCAUUUCUCUUGUUCUCUUUGGGACCUCCUUCUUGUCCUCAAACUUGCCUUCCCUCCUUUGUGCCUCCCCUGCCACUUUUCUAAGGCGCUGAGCUCCAUCAGUAAAAUACUUCACCGAAUAUUUGCAUCAGGCACAUUUGUGUGCACUCAUCAGUAGCCAAGCAAAGAUGUAUUUCUCACAUCAGCCUAGAUGACACCUGCUACAUAAAUGCCAAGGAGAAGAGCCAGCUUCUACUCUUUAUAGCUUUAGUCAUAGCAUUUUUAAACGGAUAUUAUGCAACAGAUGUCAGGUAGCAGCUAAACUACACUUAAGAAUUUUCUAUCUUAUCCUUCAUACCAAAGUGUCCUGAAUGAACCGGGAGACUUCUUUUGUGCAUUGUGGCAUGGUGCACCCUGGACUGUUGUCCUAGCCAUCGUCUCUGAGGUUACCGAAAUAACAGUGGCUCUACCUUUUCACUCUUAGGUCUCAAAAAUACAAUGUUGCCUUGUAACCUAAUUAGGGACAGCACCUCUGUUUUACAAUUAUAAUGAAGGGAAGACAAGACAUCUAGCAAUAAACUUAAAAGUAAAAUCCAAUACCAAAAUAAGCAGAAAAUUUCUAUUUCAUUCAUAUUGUGAAAAUGAAAAAUAAACAUGUCCAUUAAAAAUAUUUUACUAUUUCUUGUGAAGUUCUUCAGUGAUGUAAUGCCUGUAGCUAAAUUGCUUAAAGAGUGUUUAUAUAUUUUUCCCUACAAAUUCUCUAUUUUUUAAAAAAUAACCAUUUAACCACAAGUUGAAGAGGAAAGAAAGACCAAAGUUCCAGCAUUUGUUAAAAGAUUAGUAUUGUUAAAAGAUUAGUAUUCUUAAGUGGCACUCUGAUACUUUCCCAAGCUUAUCAUCAGAGGGGAAUCAAUAAUUAUCAAUUGUUAUAUUUAAAACAACAUGCAGUUUCUAGCUCAUUAGAAGCCAACAUUUCAAAAGCUCUUCUUAAGUAAUUUAAGAUGUUCCUAUUUUGAUUGAGUUUCAUUUGACAAAAUUUUAUUUUUUUAAAACAGUCUCAUGUUAGCCUCAGAACUGAGAAUAAGAAAUCUGAAUAAAUUAGCUUUAAAUGCAUCAUUAAAACAGCAUGCACAAUAAGCUAGUUAGACUUCAGUUUGCUCUUUAGAAUACCAAUGCUAUAGACACUACUGGGGAAAAGAAAGGUAUCAGUGGAGGAGGGGAUUAAGAGAAAAAACCUUCCCCAAGCCACCAUGCAGUAGAAAAGAAGCCCUAUUCACCCUAUUUCCUUCUAAGCUCUGCUAAAGCAUCUCUCACUCACAGAUAGAAGUGUUCUGCCUUUGAGGAUUGUUUUAGAGAAACGAUAAGCUAAAAUAUUCUUCCAGGAGAGGUCAUGAGGCUUGGGGUUUGCAAAAAGAACCCAGAAAAAAUAGCACCAUUCAAACAAUCUUCUAGGACAGUUGGAAUAUAAAUAUUUCCCAAAAACAGAACUAAAAGAAAAAAAAAGGUGUAAUACUGUGCAAAGUAAGUGUUAACUAAGGAAGUUCCUGAAAAGGUGCUGUCACUUUAAGUUCUGAAUUGAGAGGUUGAUUGUAAUUGUAAACUGCAAAGCAUUUGUGUUUGUUUGUCUAUCUGUAAAGCAACCACCUUCCUUAUUGGAAGGAGAAAAAAUUGGGGAUACAUACAUGUAAAUACUUGCUGCAGCAUUUAAUAUGUUUAAUUUUAUGUUAAGCUUUUUUGUUGCAUUGUGAACACAUUUAUUGUUAUCGAUGGACAAUAGUUCAUUAAGACUGUACAACUAGGUCAGAUUUUUAUAUCUCUUUCUAGCAAGAAGAGACAAGAUUUUGUGCAUUUGUACAAAUGUUAAUAAUAUCACUGCAAUUCCAGUAUAAUAAAGCACUCAAAUGCAGUUAAA